CACUCAUUUACCUGUAACUGAAACUUCAAAAAAACAAAACAUAAAAGUCCAUCAAUAUGUUAAUAUCAUUCGCAAUUAAUGGAAGGAUUCUGAACAGUUUGGUCACAUAUCGAUCAGAGACUACUGAAUCGAAACAUAUGAGUAUAUCGGUUUAUAAAAGUUUAGCUAUAUCAAAAAGCAGUGUUUUAACGAACCAUACGUAAUCUUGCGCCUUUAGCCCCGCCUAUCUAGGAAGCUUAGAACAACCUUAGCAAUCACGCGCUAGAUACAGAGUAGGUUUUGAGUGACAACAGCUGUGACGAAUGGCGUAACGCCAAUCCAUGCGCCAGCCAAUGAGAUCAAUGGCAAGUGUAUUAAAGAAGGAAUUCCGGGUUCUGAGUUGACCAAUAGGGCGCUGCACACGGACUGGGUCAGGAGAAGUGGAGGUGCCGCGCCGCGCUGCACGCCACGCGAUAAGACGGUGCAGUGCUGGAAACCAAUAGCGGGUGUUUUCGACUCGUUAUAGAGUAGCUUGAUUCCAGAAAGUUCACGUAUUCAAUUCGCGUUUCCCUCGGAUCCACAUCGAGACAAACAAUAUUAAAGGCGUCACUGCCAGUGUUUACACGCUGUCCUUAAUAACAAAUAUUCACGUGCGGUUUAUAACCCUCGCGCGCAGACGUUAUUCAUGAAAUCAGUAGCAUUUCGGCAGGCUUGGCCUACGUAGGUUUGAUAUUCACAGAAAGUUACGUUGGAUCUGGGCUUCACAGCUCUGCCGUUUUCUCGACACUCGCGAGCAGUUUCCUGACGCACUGGUUUUCUGGGUACAAACCUAAAAGAUGUUGCUGAAAGUUGGAGGGAUGCGUGCUGCUCUGGGCGUCUUGGCGGUACGCAGGGCCUGCUGUCUGUUCCGCUCCACUUAUACGGCACCACAGACACUGGAGUACAAGCCAAUUAAAAAAGUCAUGGUGGCCAACCGAGGAGAGAUUGCGAUCCGGGUGUUCCGGGCGUGUACAGAGCUGGGGAUCAGGACGGUGGCUGUGUACUCGGAGCAGGACACUGGCCAGAUGCACAGGCAGAAGGCAGACGAGGCCUACCUCAUAGGAAAGGGCCUGGCUCCUGUCGCUGCUUAUCUCCACAUACCGGACAUCAUCAAAGUGGCCAAGGAGAAUGACGUGGAUGCUAUCCACCCAGGCUAUGGUUUUCUGUCUGAGAGGGCCGAUUUUGCUCAGGCGUGUGCCGACGCUGGCGUACGCUUUGUCGGCCCUACUCCUGAGGUCGUCCGUAAGAUGGGGGACAAGGUGGAGGCUCGUGCCAUUGCUAUACGUGCUGGUGUACCAGUGGUCCCUGGAACAGACGGUCCUAUCUCCUCCUUGCAGGAAGUGCAGGAGUUCUCCAACACGUAUGGCUUCCCAAUCAUUUUCAAGGCGGCGUACGGAGGCGGGGGCCGUGGCAUGCGGGUAGUGCGCGAGUACGAGGAGCUAGAAGAGAAUUACCAGCGGGCCUACUCUGAAGCCCUGGCUGCCUUUGGCAAUGGAGCCCUGUUUGUGGAGAAAUUCAUUGAGAAGCCGAGGCACAUUGAAGUGCAAAUCCUGGGUGAUAAGUACGGGAACGUGGUUCACCUGUACGAGAGGGACUGCUCUAUCCAGAGGAGACACCAGAAGGUGGUGGAGAUUGCUCCAGCGUCACAGUUAGACCCCCACCUCAGAGACCGACUAACCGCAGACUCCGUCAACCUGGCCAAACAGGUCGGCUAUGAGAACGCUGGCACGGUCGAGUUCCUGGUGGAUAAGAAUGGAAAGCAUUACUUCAUCGAGGUGAACUCUCGUCUCCAGGUGGAACACACAGUUACCGAGGAGAUCACAGAUGUGGACUUGGUGCAUGCACAGCUGCGGGUGUGUGAAGGCCGCAGCCUGCCCGAGCUGGGUCUGAAGCAGGAUAAAAUCAAGAUCAAUGGCUCUGCCAUACAGUGCCGUGUGACCACUGAGGAUCCCGCACGGGGCUUCCAGCCGGACACAGGGAGAAUAGAGGUUUUUCGCAGCGGAGAAGGGAUGGGCAUUCGGCUAGACAGUGCUUCUGCUUUCCAGGGUGCCGUGAUCUCCCCACACUAUGAUUCUCUCCUGGUUAAAGUCAUUGCCAGUGGUAAGGACCUUCCUGCCGCUGCUGCCAAAAUGAGUCGGGCCCUCGCAGAGUUCCGCGUGCGUGGGGUCAAGACAAAUAUCCCUUUCCUCCAGAAUGUGUUGAGUAAUGACCAGUUCCUUUAUGGCACCGUGGACACGCAGUUCAUCGACGAGAACCAGGACCUUUUCAUCCUCAAACCUGUUCAGAACCGAGCCCAGAAACUCCUGCAUUAUCUGGGUCAUGUCAUGGUGAAUGGCCCAACGACUCCCAUCCCUGUAAAGGCUAAGCCUUCCCCCAUUGAUCCAGUCAUCCCACAGGUGACUCUCGGAGCGCCUCCAACGGGUUUUAGGGAUGUUUUGCUGAAAGAAGGCCCUGAAGGCUUUGCCAAAGCAGUGCGUGCCCACAAAGGUCUGCUGUUGAUGGACACUACCUUCAGAGAUGCCCACCAGUCACUCCUGGCCACUCGGGUGCGCACUCAUGACCUCAAAAAGAUUGCACCGUUCGUGGCUCACAACUUCAGCAGCCUCUUCAGUGUGGAAAACUGGGGAGGUGCUACAUUUGAUGUGGCAAUGCGCUUCUUGUGUGAGUGUCCUUGGAAAAGGUUGCAGGAGUUGAGGUCUCUGAUCCCCAAUGUGCCUUUCCAGAUGCUUCUGAGAGGAGCCAACGCUGUAGGAUACACAAACUACCCAGACAACGCAGUCUACAAGUUCUGCGAGGUGGCCAAAGAGAAUGGCAUGGAUAUCUUCCGUGUCUUUGACUCUCUGAACUACCUGCCCAACAUGCUGCUGGGAAUGGAGGCAGCUGGUGCAGCGGGAGGUGUGGUGGAAGCGGCCAUCUCUUACACAGGCGAUGUCUCUGACCCCACGAGACAGAAAUACUCUCUGGAUUACUACUUGAAGCUGGCUGACGAGCUUGUGAAGGCUGGCACGCACAUACUUUGCAUCAAGGACAUGGCCGGGUUGCUGAAACCAGAAGCUAGCCGUUUGCUGAUUGGUGCUCUGAGGGAUCGUUUUCCUGACAUGCCCAUUCACGUGCACACUCAUGACACGGCGGGCGCCGGCGUGGCAGCCAUGUUGGCAUGUGCCGAAGCCGGAGCUGAUGUCGUCGAUGUUGCAGUGGACUCGAUGGCUGGCAUGACCUCCCAGCCCAGCAUGGGUGCCAUCGUCGCCUGCACUAAGGGAAACAAAUGCAACACCGGCAUAUCUCUGGAUAAGGUCUUUGACUACAGUGAGUACUGGGAAGUGGCCCGUGGUCUUUACGCUCCAUUUGACUGCACAGCCACUAUGAAAUCUGGGAACGCGGACGUCUACGAGAACGAGAUCCCAGGAGGCCAGUACACCAACCUGCACUUUCAGGCUCACAGCAUGGGCCUAGGCAACAAGUUCAAGGAGGUGAAGAAAUCCUACACUGAGGCCAACAAACUGCUUGGAGACCUCAUCAAGGUGACCCCGUCUUCGAAGAUUGUGGGCGACCUGGCGCAGUUCAUGGUGCAGAACUCCCUGACACGGGCCGAGGUGGAAGAGCGGGCCGAUGAGCUCUCCUUCCCUCUCUCGGUGGUGGAGUUCCUGCAGGGCCACAUUGGCAUCCCUCAUGGAGGCUUCCCUGAGCCAUUCAGGUCUAAGGUGUUGAAAUCGCUGCCUCGUAUAGAGGGUCGUCCAGGUGCUUCGCUCCCGCCGAUGGACUUCAUGGCUUUAGAGAAGCAGCUGCGUGAGGCACAUGGUGAGGACAUCACUCCAGAGGAUGUGAUGUCAGCAGCCAUGUACCCCAAAGUGUUCCAGGAGUUCAAGGAGUUCACCAACACCUUCGGACCUGUCGACUGCCUCAACACCCGCCUCUUCCUGGAUGGGCCAAAGAUCGCAGAGGAGUUUGAGGUGGAGCUGGAGAGAGGGAAGACUCUCCAUAUUAAAGCUCUGGCAAUGGGGGAUCUGAACAAGGCUGGUCAAAGAGAGGUCUUCUUCGAGCUCAAUGGUCAGCUGCGGUCUGUCCUGGUCAAAGACACCGUGGCCCUGAAGGAGAUGCAUUUCCACCCAAAGGCUCUGAAGGACGUGCGAGGCCAGGUGGGAGCGCCCAUGCCAGGGAAAGUGGUUGAGGUCAAGGUCAAGGAGGGCCAGAAGGUGGAGAAAGGCCAGCCUCUGUGCGUCCUCAGCGCUAUGAAGAUGGAGACGGUGGUGAACUCGCCGCUUUCCGGCACCGUGGCUAAAGUUUACAUCAAAGUCGACAGCAACCUGGAAGGUGAUGACCUCAUUCUGGAGAUCACAGAGUAAACCAAGCAACAUCGCAAAAACAUCCAGGAUACAGCUUGGAAAAUUGCUAUCAGCUUCCGUAUGGGGCUUUAUACAAGCACAGAAACACACACGCGCGCACACACACACACACACACACACACCAAACGCACACACACAUUUUGAAGAUGUAUGCACAGAUUUUACAAACUGAGAGUGAGGGAGUUCAAUAUUUAGUCUUAAAUGAUCAUAGUUAUUGCCUAAUGUAUCUGGAAAUUGGUGUUUGUGCACUGGAUGCAGAAGAGUUCUUGUUUUUUGUGUCAUCUGAAUCUAUUUUACAUAAUCACCUGUCAUGUGUAAUCACCAAAGCUAAUGAUCCAUGAGCUGGAAACUAGUGUUACAUUAACAUUGAGUGUCUCUGUUAAUGUUGAUGUCAUUAUGUCUUAGAAAAAUGUAGAAAUAGGAUUGUUGUGGUAAAGAGAUGUUUCAUUAAGAGAAAGAUCAUGCAAUAAAUGAAAAGUGUGUAAUUAUGAAAUUAUAACUCAAAUCUGCACAAAAUUAAAUCAAAAGAAAUAUACAGUAAAUAGCAUCUAAUUUCUUGUACCGUAUCCUUUUGGGUGUUGCCUUUAUUCCUGAUUAAACCAAAAGAGAAAUGAAAGUGCCCAUGUAAACCUGCACCUUUCUGCCUUUUUCUGUUCAGUUGAGCUUAUUUCAGACUUUUUAUUGUUAGCUAAUACACUUCCAAUCAUUUAACAAAAUAUUAAUUUUUAACUUGAAAUAAUGUCAUGGUGAAUAUGAUGUACAGUAUAUGUUAGCACUGAGAGCUCUGCUGCGAUUUACCCAGAAUGCAUUAGUCAGCGCUAAAGUAGUGUCUGGCUGGCCUCUGAUGAAUUCUGCCAUUCUUGGCUGAGUUUCAAUCAUCACAAUGAGCAUUGAUGAUAUGAGGUCCCAUGAAACCCUGGAGUCUCAGAGCUCAUGCAGAAUGCAAAGUUAGCAGGAACCUCGUUCCCUAGCACUGGUUUCGAAUUAUCGUUCCAAUUUGCCCCUGAAUGUGAAUAUCAUACCAGUCCUGUUACAUUCCUCCUGGGAUCAGGCGCACCAUGUUUUGGCCUGCAGAGCUGUGUUCCCUAGCUUUCUUUCCUUUUCUGUCGCUCACUAUAGCACUGCCACUGGAGGUUUCUCAUUUGAAGUGUUGGUUGUUUUUUUUUUUUUUUUUUUUUUUUUUUUUUUUUUUUUUUUUGUAGCUGGGAAUCAAAUGCGAGGCUUGCAAGAGUAGUCUAUGGAGAGCACUUAACACCGUGCGUUCAUACACUUGAAUAGUGGCAAAUUUGUAAUCCGUUAGGCAACACCUGGAGUGCCUCGGUUUCGGCUGUGGAGUACUGUUAAAUUGGUGACUAACAUUUAAUCACUAUUGCUGUCUUUUAACCUUUUAACAUUAACAUCUCAACACAGUUGAAGAGGUCUGGUGUAACCAUGUCGACCAUGCUAAUUGUAAUCUAAAGACACAACUAAAACGCAUGCUACAACUGUAAAUUGAUGCUAUUGUAGAAUUGAACUUGUUGUCCCACCAUGCACUAGUGAAAAAUAAACUGGAAUGGCUGCUAAAUAAGUUUUUUCACCCUGAUGUCCCUCCAAAGCAUCUGUAGUGUAUGUGCAAUGCUCACAGAGAAGAAUUUCACAUGUUUCCCCGUGCUGAGAAAUCAACAUCAAAACCCAUUUGCUGGAACUCAUAACUGGAGUCUAAGAGCAGUUGUUAAAUUCUAUCAAACAGCUUUAAGAGUGCAACCAUUACACCAGCAAUAAAGGUGCAAUUAUGAGACAGAUGAGAAGUCUUACCAAAGCAGUUCUUGUGCAGAUUUAUAUCGCUUUCAAACACAUUGGCAAUACAAUAGGAAGCAGUUCUGUUUACUUUUAAUUUCCUGAAGAUUUGCAGUAUCCGUGAGCAAUCUUGUGGAUAGUGAUGACUAACUGUAACUGCAAAAUUUCCACACUAUAGAACGUAAGCCACUACUGAGUCCACUUGUUUUACUUGUCUUAUUAGAGCAUUAUUAUUAUUAUUAUUUUUAAACUGUUUUGUCAGAAGUUUGGGUUAUGUUUUGUGGCAGAGCUCCAGAUACUGUCUGUAUGUAGUUCCACACGUUCUCCCCAUAUUCACAUGGGUUUACAUAUUCACUGGUUUCCUCUCACCUCCCAAAAUCCUGCUUCAGGUGGUCUUGACUGUGCUAAAUUACCCUUAGGUGUGAAUCUGUGAGUGCACUGUGUCCUGCAUUGAACUCACCUCGCAUUAAGAGUGUAUACCCACCUCACACCAGGUUUCCCAGGAUAGGCUCUGGAUCCACCAUGACCCUGACCAGGAUGAAGCACUUCCUGAUAUCUGAAAAAGAUUUCAACCAAUGAAUAGCUUAAGUAACAUAUUAGUUUGAACUUAAGAAUAAUAGUUUAAAAGAAAGUGAUUUACUGCCCCAACAGCUACCCUUAGACUUCCAUCGUUGGUGGUUAGGUUGAACUCUGUUUUCUCAGUAGAGAGAAAUGUAUCGGGAUGUGUUGUCUGUAUGUGCUGCAGUCCAUUUAAAAGGAAAGGGUGUACAACUGCUCGUUUAUGUAGUUAUCCAGCCGACGUCUUUCCACUCAACUUUCCAGUUUUGGUAUAGCCUCAGAAUCACCCUGACGGGCGUGAAACCCGAUGUGGUCCUUCUGCUGUUGUAGCUGAAGAUUCAUGUGAAGGUUCGAUAUGUUGUGCGUUCUGAGAUCACCACAGUUGUAAAGUGUAGUUCUUUGAGUUACUGUGGACUUCCUGUCAGCUUGAACCAGUCUGGCUAUUCUCCUCUGACCUGUUUAUUGUGAACAUUAACAGAAGCUCUUAACCUGUAUCUGCAUUUUAUGCACUGUGCUGCUGUCACGUGACUGGCCAAUUGGAUAUAGUAACUUCAUGAAUCAGCAGGGGUCCAGUGAGUGUAUGUGGUAGAUACAGAUUGGGGUGAGAAUUUCUGUCACUAGCUCAUCCUUAAACCUGUUUACUAAUCAUACUGACAUGUCUACUGAACAUUGUACAGUGUUCUCUCUCUCUCUCUCUCUCUC